UUAUAUACUUCCUACGUCAUCUUCUGUAUCCUCCUUAUGUCUGUGGUGAUAGUAGUAAUAAGCAUCUUCAAUGCUGAAUUUUAUGCAGUUGUGCCAUCGAUACCAUGCUCUCGAUUAGCACUGAUAGGAAAAAUUAUUCACCCUCAGCAAGUUAUCCACUCAGUAGUUCAUGCUGUAAUGGGAAUGUUGGUUGCUUGGUGCGCUGCAAUUAUAACAAAAGGGAAGUUCCAGUUUCUUGCUGUGCCCUGUGUACAUUCAGAAAGCCUCGAUGAUGCUGUUCCUCAGAUGUGCCUAAAUGAGUAUCACCUCUUUUUUCUACUUUCUGGAGCUUUCAUGGGAUACAGUUACAGUCUUUUGUAUCUCAUUAACAAUAUGAAUUAUUUGCCAUUUCCAAUCAUACAGCAAUACAAGUACUUGCGUUUCAGAAGAUCUUUGCCUCUCCUCAUUAAACACAGUUGUGUGGAAUCACUAUAUUUUGUUAGAAACUUCUGUGUUGCAUAUUACUUUUUUGGUUAUAUGCCAAAGGUAUGGAUAAGUACCACAAUGGAUCUUCGUAUAGACAGUAAAUUGCGUCCUCUUGACAGUCUAACUGGCUUAUUGGAUCUCUCCUUGUUUUACCAUGCCUGGUUAUGUGGCGCAUUUCUUCUGAUUACCUGGUACAUUGCAUGGUUACUCUUCAAAAUCUAUGCUACAGAGACGCAUCAUUUUCCUGUCCAGCCAACUUUUGCUGAGGAGACAGACCAGUGCCUGCCUAAAAUCUUAAACAGCAACCCUCCCCUCAUUAUAAAGUUUUUAGCCUUACAGGACUUGAUGUUACUUUCCCAGUAUUCUCCUGUUCGACGACAGGAAGUCUUUAGCCUUAGUCAGCCAGGUGGGCACCCGCACAACUGGACUGCAAUAUCAAGGGAGUGUUUGAGUCUUCUGAGUGAUCUGACCCAGAGGCUGAUUGCACAGCAGGAAGCUGCAGCAGCAAAUGGGAGAGCAAAGCAGCCGGCAGGAGAGCUGAAAGUAUCUCCACAGACUCCAGGAGCCGUUGUGACAGAAGACAUGUCUCUCCCGUCGCAGAGGUCUAAUAUUGUCCUCAGAGCCUCGAUGUCUUCACUGGUUAAAUCAACCCUAAUGCCUUUAAAGACUUCACCGGGGUCUGAUGUUGGUUCGCCCUUUAGCUCACCUGCUUUAAAUUGCAAAAUGGGAAUUCCGGAUGUAAGCUCUCCUUGGCAUGGAUCAGUCCAAAGUCCUCGUGUUACAAGAAGGGGACCAAAGCUGUGGACGUCAAGUUCAGAUCUGCAAAUGAAUGGUUCCCACCACGAAUCCUUCCCAGUGCUCUCUGCUGCAAGAGUUGGCAGUGAGGCAGUACAGCCAAGAUUUAUUUACACAUGGCUUCAAAACAAGCAGGAACAGAUAAAAAACUUCUUGUCAAAACGAGUGCUGAUAAUGUAUUUCUUCAGCAAGCACCCAGAAGCCUCCAUCCAGGCUGUCUUCUGCGAUGCCCAAAUGCACAUCUGGGCUUUGGAAGGUCUGUCUCAUUUGGUAGCAGCCUCCUUUACUGAAGACCAAUUUGGAGUUGUCCAAACUACACUGCCAGCUAUCCUCAAUACUCUGCUGACUCUUCAGGAGGUUGUAGACAGACAUUUCAAACUGCCUCAUGUUUCUAGCAAGCCCCCCAGGAUUUCAGGAAGCCUGGUGGACACAUCCUACAAAACGCUACGAUUUGCACUUAGAGCAUCUCUGAAAACAGCACUGUACCGGAUAACUACUGUCUUUGGAGAACACUUAAAUGCAGUGCAAGUGUCUACAGAACAUAAGAAAAGACUUCAGCAAUUCUUGGAAUACAAAGAAUAAAUAAAAGAUUUUGAUGCAGCUACUUCUUUUUUUCAAACACUCUUGGUAAGAAGGAGGUGGGACUAAUGAGCCUUUUUAUCUUGGCUUUUUGGAAAGGCAUAUGGAAGUAUAAGUCACAGAACAAAACUCUUAGAACUGCAGAAGAGCUCUUCUGGAUUUGUAUAGUCUUUUGUAUAAUAAAACUUGUUUAAAAUUCA